CGGAAACAACCGAGCUGAAAUUAUAAGAUGGCGGCUGAUUUGAAAAUGAUUCAUCUGUGAUAAAAUGUCUAUUUUUAGUCGUUACAUACACCAGUUGAACAUUUUCAAUACUUCAUACGAUUUGUGACAAAAAGCUGCGUUCUAUUACCCUUAUAUAAAUGGUUUAACAACAUGCAAAGAUUAUAAACUACAUCCUUAUUUACGAACCGGAAGUAGGAUUUGUGAAUUUUUUAUUUUGACAGCCACUGAGGGUCAGUUGCAGCUGUCAGUUUUUCAUUUUGACAAGAUUUAGAUCUGUAGCAGAGGCGCCUAGAUUUAGACACCUCGCCUAGGAGUGAAUCAGUUAAAAAGCCAAACAAUGACAAAUGAACAGGAUCCUAUGCUGGCAUACAAUCCCACCAAUUUUGGUACAAGUAAAUUACAUCUAUUGACUCUACCACCAGAGCUACUAUUGCAUAUAUGCUCAUACCUCAAAGCAAAGUUUGUGAUAAAGACAUUAAGCCAGGUGUGUAAGGCACUGAAUGAACUAGUCAAGGAUGAAUCCACAUGGAGAAUUAGAGUUGCAAAAAGAUUCCCGAAGCCAUUCCCAAUACUGCCAGCUGAUGAUGUAUUUGAUUGGCAGACAGCCUGUAUCGAGAGAGAGGAAAAGUUUGAACUUUGGUGUGAACCAGAGGAGACAAUGGAUCAUUUCACCUACAGAGAAGAAAUCUUUGCUCCCGUAGAUGCAGUUCAUUUAAUGAAGAAUGGCCAGUUAUUAGCAUCUGGAUCAAGGGAUCGUUAUUUAAACCUCAUUGAUGUUACAAAGCUGGAGUCUGGGGAUCCAGUGAGUGUUAAGGCAUCCAAAGUGGAAUCUUUAAUGGAUGCACAUAAAGGUUGGAUCUGGAGUCUCGCAUCUGUAGGGAAUUCUCUAUGUUCAGGCUCUUGGGAUACGUACAUAAAGUUCUGGGAUCUUAAUGCUCCUCAGUUACAGACAGUAAACAAAAUAAAAUUAAAAUCUGCUGUCUUGUGUAUGCACUAUGAAGAAGGAGAACUGUUCGCUGGGGGAUUUGAUAAGAAAACCUACAGAAUUGACCCAAGAACAAGUUCAAUAGUAUCUGAAUUUAUGCUCCACAAGAAACCAGUGCUGUGUAUGGUGGCAGAUGAGAAGCAUGUGAUUACAGGGGGAGAGGAUGAAACUAUAUAUGUGCUGGAUAGACGCUCUAAUGGUGUACUCAAGUCUAUAAAUAUUGGAAGUUUUGCAAUGUCUAUGUGCUAUAAUGAUGGCCAGCUGUGGGUGGGAGACAAGACAGGCCAUAUACACCUGCUCGACCCUAAACAUGGCAAAUUUGAUGUUGUACAGUCCUAUGAAACUGGCCAGAGUGGUAAAAUAACAGAUCUCCACAAUACCCUAGGUGCGAUCUUCUCUGCCUCUACUGAUAAAACUGUCAAUGUUUUAGAACCAAAUGAAAACCCUGGAGUCAUAUCUCAACUAAAGUUUGAUAUGGAAGCAGCCUCGUUGAGUUACCAAGACAACACAUUAGCCAUAGGCUGCAGUAAUGCUUCAAUCGGAAUAUGGCGUCCGAAGAAUAUAUCAUAGAGAGCCUAGGGAUUCCAACCAAGCCAAGAUAUGGGGAAUGCAACACCGUACAAUACAAUUGCAGUUUAUUUACAUUCGUACGAAAGCAGGCAUGAAAUCCAUUUUUAGGAUUGAAUACUUGAUAUGAUCGGAUCAACUUUCAAUGUGACUGACAGUAAUGAACAGAUAAUUAAACAACAGGGUUACAUAACUUACACAUUCGGCUUGAUGUAUACUACACUCCCCUCCAUAAAUUUGGCAACAGGAAUAUUAAUUGGAUGGUGUUUGAAUCUUAAUUUUUGUUAAUUUAUUAGCCUACAGUAAUGAGAAAAUUUAUGAUUUUGACGGAUUUCUUUAAAUCGCAAAACAAG